GCCUCCCCAUCUGUUAUAUUUUUGCUGCAUCUCUGGGUUCCUCAUUUACGCGUCCCUUCAUUAUAUUCUCUCUAAUGCAUUGCUUCACGAUUAAAAGCAAACCAAAGCUUUGAUUUUUAUGAAUAUUCAAGGGUAAAUGGUCAGCAAAGGAAUGGGAUCAAGCUCUUGUCUUAAGCAAGGUCCAGUGCCAAUGGACAAUGUUCACAUUACACCCGAAGCAACCUAUGAAGCUGUGGUUGCAGACUCUAAACUGUUCAUGGGUUCCUUGGAGAGGCUACACUCUCAAUUGAGUACUAAAUUCAUGGUUCCGAUUAUAGGAGGGAAAGAUUUGGACUUGCACAAGCUUUUCAUUGAGGUAACCUCUCGUGGUGGAAUCAUUAAGAUAAUUCAUGAAAGGAGAUGGAAAGAAGUAACAUCUAAGUUUGACUUCCCUGCAACAGCAACAAACGCAUCAUUUGUCAUGCGCAAAUACUACUUCUCCCUGCUUAACAACUAUGAGCAGAUCUAUUUCUUCAGAACUAAUAGCCAGAUGCCUCCAGACUCUCUCCAGAACCAAUCCACUGUGGUGGGACUUGGAACCAUAAGACCUCCACAAGAACUUCAAGCUCCACAACCAAGGAUUGAUUUUGGAGGAUCUUUAACUGGUCCAAACGUGACUGGAGUGAUCGAUGGAAAAUUCGAAGACGGUUACCUUGUAACUGUGACAAUGGGAACAAAGCAGCUUAGAGGAGUUCUCUACGAGCUUCUUCCUCAACAGAGUCAUUGUAGCUUUCCCAACACUAAUGUCAACCUUCAGGGGGUUACUACAAAGCGUCCAAGGAGAAGAAAGAAGUCAGAGAUCAAGAGACGCGACCCUGCUCAUCCCAAACCCAACAGAAGCGGUUAUAACUUCUUCUUCUCAGAUCAGCACGCUAGGCUGAAGCCUCUUAACCCUGGCAAGGACAGAGAGAUCAGCAGGAUGAUUGGUGAGCUCUGGAACAAGCUUAAUGAGCAAGAGAGAUUGGUUUACCAAGGGAAGGCGAUGGAGGACAAGGAGAGGUAUCUGAUUGAGAUGGAAGAGUAUAGAGAGAAGCUUAGGACAGGACAGCUGAUGAUAAGUAACGCUGUUCCAUUGCAGCAGAGGGUUCCAGAGCAGACGGCUGAAGCUGAUUUUGUAAUAGAAGAAGAGCAAGAAGGCGAUUCAAGCGAUUGCUCAGGAGAAAGCGAGCCACGUGAUGAUCCUGAACUGGAGGACGAGCCAGCUCUGAAUCAUUUAGGUCUAAACCUUAACUCUAAUAGGACUGCUAUAGUGGUGGGCGAUGUUGUGAUGGAAACAUGUCCGAGUAAGAAACCUGAAGAGCCGAGUGUGGUGGUGGCUGCUGAGCAGAAGUGAAGAUUCUUCUCUUGUUUCGUUUUCUAGUUGCUACUUUUUUUUCUUGUAUUACACAGCCACAGGUAUAAGGAGGUUAGGGUUUCACAUGGUUACUUGUGGCAUAAGACAAUGUUUUUAGGCUUGGUACUGAUGUUUUGUGUUUUUAUUUUAUUUAGGUUUUCUUCUGCAACAACACAUGU